UUCGGUUGUGUGGUUGCUCCAUGUGCUUUGUGAAGUGCCAGUCCGGUCGAGUCGCGCCUCUCACCACCCAGAUAUUUAGUUCCCGUAUUACCAACAGAUCAUGUAUAUAUGAAUGAUAUGGUAUUGCACUACCACGCAAUAUUUAGUGCCCAUAGCCAUAUCCACAUCUAUCCAAGAAGUACCGGCAAUGAGUCUGCGGCUCCUGUAGUUGACGGACGUUUCACAACCCUGGCAGCUCGCAGAAACCAACGACGAGAGAGGUGCAGACGUCAUGCUUCAUAUCGCCGACCAAAUGACAGCUUGCAUCAUCAGGAGGUGGCAAAUGCACCCACCGCAUGUGCAUUGCAGCGUGUUCCAUGUGGUCCUAAUAAUAAUGGCAACUCUCUGCCACGGUGCGAUCUCCCUUCGCGGAUCCAGGGCCCCCUACUGGCACAAAUCAGUCACUACCUAGGUAGGGAAUUCGAAGGGCAUGAUUCACAAAAAGAUCGCCACUUUCAUGUUAUACUACACAGCAAUCAAAAGGGUAUUAGGAUAUACACAACAUUCUCCGCGACUAGGCGCAGCAGUCCUGCCACUAGCCUAUAUGGAAACCACCACCAACAAACAGCGCCACUUGUACAAAUGUGCAAGUACGGUCAAGUCUCAGCCGGUACUCCCGUUUUCCUGUCCGUCCAUGCUCCCUCUUCCUGUACCACUGCGGGGCUCCACUGGCCGUACCCGAAAAUCCGGCUCUGCGGAACACACAAGACCAGGUGAGGUUGACCAUUCUCUCUGGCCUCAAAGCUCCCGUGCAUCUGGGCUGGCUUACUCUGAUCCGACGUACGCGAGGCCCAGACCUGAGCUCAGAACAGCGCUCACCCAGACGGCUGCAUAGGUAGCAGCGCCUGUCGAUGCGAUGCC